AUGCAAGCGCCCAAGACGAGAGCGGAACUUCAGCAGCAUAAAGCAAAACUUGCGAACUCAUAUUCAGAACUGCUCGAACAAUUCUCUUCUAAAGACCUAAAAACCGUGGGAAACUAUACCCUUGGCAAACUCAUUGGGAAGGGCUCCUUUGGCAAGGUGUACCUUGCUCGACACAACUUGACGAAUGGCUCCAAGGUCGUGCUCAAGGCCUCGAACAAGGACGAUGCGAACCUUGCGAGAGAAAUCCACCACCAUCGUCAAUUUGUCCAUCCUCAUAUCGCGCGACUAUACGAAGUUAUAAUAACGGAGACGCUGGUGUGGCUCGUGUUGGAAUACUGUCCUGGUGACGAAUUGUACAAUUACUUAUGCAGCCAUGCGCCCCUCCCCGUCGAGACUGUACAGAAGAUCUUCACCCAACUUGUCGGAGCUGUUGCAUAUAUCCACAGCAAGUCUUGUGUACAUCGCGAUCUGAAGUUGGAGAACGUGCUUCUCGAUAAGAACGAGAAUGUGAAACUGUGCGAUUUUGGCUUUACCAGGGAAUACGAGGGAAAAGCAAACUAUCUUCAGACCUUUUGCGGCACGGUAUGUUACAGCGCUCCUGAAAUGCUCAAGGGUGAAAAGUAUGCUGGCGAGAAGGUCGAUGUCUGGAGCCUGGGAAUUAUUCUUUACGCCCUGCUGAAAGGGGAGUUACCUUUUGAUGAAGACGAUGACGCCGCAACCAAAGCGAAGAUCCUCAAAGAAGAUCCCGUCUACCCCGAAACAUUCCCGGACUCAGCCAAGUCGCUGCUCUCGAAACUGCUCUCCAAACGCCCUCUGCAUCGACCCACCCUGGCGGAUAUUCUGGCAGAUCCCUUUUUGGCCGACCACGCGCCUCAGCAGCAGGCCAUUCUGAAACUCUCACAGCCGGCCCCUUUCAGCACGCAAUUGGAAAAGGACACGCUCGAACGAAUGAGGGCCGCGGGCGUGGAUAUCGACAAAGUAAUUGAAAGUGUCCUCGCACAGCGGUGCGAUGCACUGGCCGGCUGGUGGACUCUCCUUCUCCAGAAGGAAAGCAGAAAGCAGGCCAGGAAGGAGCGGAAACGGAAAGAAAGAGAAGCUGAAUUGAAGAUUCUCCGACGACUCAGUGGUGCCAGCAGUCGAUUGGAGCGUGUCGCACCCACUUUGGUUGAAGUCGACGAAGAAGGAAGUCAUGGCGACACUGAUAGGCGCCGGAGUAGUAGUCGAGGCAGAACGCACCGGAGGAGCACGCCCCAAAUAGUGGUCAGCGACUUACCUCAACUUCCAGAAGGCGACGUGAUCCCGUCAGCCGGCACUGUAACGCCUCCGCCCCCCAUCGACAAGGACUCGGUCCGUUCACUAAGUGGCUCUCGACCCCCCCUGCCGCCCAAGGAACGGAGCCGACGCGGCAGUACGCUGCAACUGGUGGCGACGAAUCCAGACCUAUUCAGUUCUCUGAACGGGGUGAGCAAGAGACGUGGCGGGAAGCUUCACAACCGGCGAUUCCUCACGGCACUGAAGCAUUGGUUUGUCGAAUCUACCAAACGAGCCAGAUCGCCCGUCACCCCCAAGAGCGACAAGAGUGUCAACGGACAACUGGGCAAUGGCAAGGCCUCCCGAUCAGCCAAAGGCCUCUCCACAGACCAGAAGAGCAAAUUUGUCGUCGGGCCCGUCUACUCUAGGCGAUCCUCGUACGGGUCGGCUCUAACUCCGAUCAUGUCAAAUUCCAAUGCUGCUGCUUCAGCGCCAACUGCCUUACCUCGCGCCGAUUCGCAUAAUCGCGGACAACCUCAUCGGAACUCCAUCUCACCAGCCCCUCUUACUCCUCGCUCGUCAUACCGCCGCAGCUCGACGGGUCUUCGAGGUCGAAAAUCCACGUCUUCGUCCGUCUCGUCCAUUCGAAGUAUGCCUCCUCAGACUUCCCACCACAGCAAAGCUUCGUCCCAGAGCUCUAAUAGUCUCGAUACCAUUCACAGCUCUUCUGCACCCAGAACCAGCAUGACGCGCUCUCCGCGUUCAUCGAUCAAGGUGCUUCCUGCAACGCCCACUGGGAACACUCUUCCCUUCAACUACCGCCCGAUCUCUACAACACCUCGUGGAUCCGACGUCUCGGCGCACAGCAGGCCGUUUCUUGGAAUAAGCGAUGAGUUUGUCGGCGGGACUGCACCUGCGCCUCCACCUGCACCAACCACCCCGCAAUCCAGCACUUUCGGGUCUGGGGUCAUGUUUGCCCGCCGAAAGAAGUCCCCGUUCAAAGGGCCCAUGCUGAAUCCGGCCUUCUUUUCGGCCUCCACCUUACCCGCAGCUGUCGGUAGUCCUGCGAUUGUUUCGGGUAGGAACAGAGAAGGGUCGGCGGGGAAAAUAAAUCUCGGUCUCCGAGACUUUGUGGGAAGGAGAGGUAGCGGAGCUGGACUUGGAGUUGGAGCUGGAGCCGGUAGUGGGAAGCGGAAAAGCCAAAUCAUCGAGGAAGAAGACGAGGACGAAGACAACGUCGCGGCCAAUGGUGGCCGUACGGGUGUACUUGAUGAAGACGCGGAGGGAGCAGAGGACGAGGACGAGGACGAGAUUGAAGAAGUUGACGCAUUUCACGCCAUCGAACUGAACAAGGGUGAGCGCGUCCAGAGUAUUACGAUCUGGAACGAUGCCGUGGAAGAAGGAGAUGAGGAAGCCUACACGGGUGAACGGCGUCAGGAGGUUGUUGGAAAGGGUUGA